GUGGUACAAGCUUUGCUCCAAACCAGGGAAAAAGGAGAAGGAGAGAGGGGAGAUCGAGGUGGAUAUCCAGUUCAUGAGAAGCAACAUGACGGCCAGCAUGUUCGACCUGUCCAUGAAGGACAAGGCUCGCUCUCCUUUCGGCAAGCUCAAAGAGAAGCUGAAGGGGAAGAGGAGCAGCGCCCUCUCGGACACAGCCUCAGCGAUCGUUCCCAGCACAACGCACUCCCCUGCUGACAGCGAGGACGAGUCGGUCGAGAAGGAGAAGAAGAAAUCCAAGUUCAAAAGCUUGUUUUCCAAGCCUGGCCUUUCCAAGACCUCCCUCUCCCAGUCCAUGUCAGUCCUGCCGACGCUGCAGCCCGUCACCCAGAAGGUUCGGCUUCGGCCCAGCGACUUCCAGUUGCAAUGGGAUGAGGAGGAGUCCGAGAUCUCUCCGACCUCGGAAAAAGCCUUUGGAAAUGGCCUGGAAGAGAAGUCCUCUCCUUCUCCUGUAUUUAAAACCCGUAAAACGGCAACUUUGGACAGCAGGCAACUGAACCAGGUAACCGCUGGCCACACCAAGAGAGAAGGGCUCUCCUUAUUCAGCGGCCUUAAAUCCAAGAGCGAUCCCGUCUCCAAGUCCAGUCUGUGCAUCAACGGCAGCCACGUCUACAUGGAGGAGAGCACCCCGAAGGACAGCACUCCAGCCUCUUCCCCCUCCCCUCUCAACUUCAGGAGGAAGCAGCUCUUUGCUUCAGAAGAGAACCUGUCCUCCAGAUCCGCGAAGGGACCUGAGGAGACGGGAAGAACCUCUCCCAGUCACGCCUUCUCUGGGUCUGCAUCCUUGGAGACCUUCAAGUCCAUGUCUUUGCCGUCAUACAAGUUGCUCAGCAGUGAAGAGUACCUGGACACCAGCGUUCCUCCGAGUGUCGAGGGCACUAAAGAGACCAAAAAAACGGACCACAGGAAGCCCACCUUGCUGUCGCUGGUCACGGGGAAGAAGGAGGCAGUGAAGACCGGUGAUGCUGAGAAUAUUCCCGACAGCACCCUGCAGGACGAGGACAUCAGAAUUCCCGAGGAGAAGAGCGAGCAGGAGGCCAAACGACCUGAGAUUCCAGCAGAGGUGGGCAAAGAGAGUCCCUCAGAGGACAGCCAGCGCGCAGAGGACACCUUUGCAAGCAAGCAGCCGCUCAACCCUUUCGAGGAAGAGGGGAAACCCGAAAAAGCUGCUGCACCAGCAAAGACCAAAGCUGUCAAGCCCAGACUCCAUCCUGUGAAGCCGAUGAACGCCACGGCAAACAAGUCUCAGAGCAGAAACCUGAACGUCAUCAGCACCAUGAGUGAAAAGCUGCUGGAGAUGAACGUGAAG